UUGCCUCGCGCAUUUACCGUUACAAAUCAUACUGCUGGAAGUGUCCUCCGAGAGCGCUUGAAAUAAUACAUUUCGAGGACUGUUGGAUUUAAGACAACUUUACAAAACUGUUUGGGUUUUAAAAAUUGUCAAAACGAGAAAACAAGCCAAUACAACAGUCAUGAGGUUAGGAGAGGCGGCCAUUUUGUUGCUUCUGGUUGUCCUGUGUCGCGUUUCCUCAAUAACUGGACAAGUCCUGUGUUUUACGGACACAACGUGUACUCUUGGCAAUUACGUCAGCACCAACAGUUCUUUCCCCGGGUACACAUCCACGGUCUCUGAGUGCUGUGACCAGUAUGGAGGGACAGCACUCAAGUUAUUGACACAGUUAACUUCAGACCAUUGUCAUAUGUGUACAACUGAUAUUUGUACGUAUUGCCAGAACGCUCCGGUGGUAACAGCUGACGGCAUGGCCCUGGCUGACCCCAGCCCCUUCAGCUGUGACCAGCCGACGCCCGCGUGGCCUGCCGUCACAACCAUCGACGUAUGUGGACCACUGACCAAUUUCACACAGACCACAAUCCCCGCAGUCCUUCCUUCCGGUCCGUAUUGUGACUUCACGUACCAGAGAGUGUACACGACCUACGACACGUGCGAGAACAGCGCACAGACCGUCCAGACGAUCAGGGUCAAGGCCACGGAGGGUCCGACAUUCAGCAAUCUCCCGGCUGACACCACGUUGUCCUGUGGAGAUGAUAUCACCCUGACCAACCCCACUGCGCAAGGACAGUGUACAACGGCCACAGUUGUCCUUAACUCCCUUGUGAACACCACAGAUGCUUCCUGCGUCAACAAUUUUGCGAUCACCCGGACGUGGACGGCAACGGACGGAUGUGGUCUGCAAACGACCGCCUCGUCCACCGUGUCCGUCCGCCACACCACUCCGCCCACAAUGUCCAGCAUGACCGCCUCUGACCGCACCAUCAUCCUUAACCAGGCGUGCAACAACAUCCCAAAUCCCGAUACCCUUACGGUGACCGGAUAUUGUGGCAAAACCCUACCGUACAGCAGUAGUGAUGUCAUCACCAAUCAGCAGUGUCAGAAUCGUUAUACCAUCGUUCGAACAUAUACAGCCACCGACGAGUGCGGCUUAUCGACAUCCAACACUCAGAAUAUACAAGUGAGGUCGGUGACAUCCCCGACCUUGACCGUUCAAAGUGACGUCACAGUCACGUGUGACGCUGUUCCCACUGCUGUCUCCGCCAGCGCGUCCGGACACUGUGGUGUCGGCACAACUGUUACUUUAGCUUCCUCUACAAGGACCGACGGCACCUGUCCUCAGCGCUACUCUCUCCGCAGAACAUGGCGGGCGACAGACGCUUGUGGGCUCAGCACCGAAACUGCCCAAAAUGUCGUCGUGACACCGAAAGGACCGCCAACUUUUACCUUUAUCCCUGCGUCUGUUACCGUGAACUGCGACACUGAUAUCGCCAACACGGCUAACACUGGCGGUAAAGCGAUAGCCCAAUCUCCGUGUGACCCUGACGUCACUGUGACGUACACAGACACCAAUGUUGGGAAGGCCGGGUGCAGCUUGACUGUGGUGAGGCGUUGGGUGGCCACAGACAACUGCGGGGCGCAGGCCACGGCAGAGCAGAACAUCACCGUAGGAGCAGCUUCUGGAACUGUCAAAAUAACCGCGCCAGACGACACCAACGUGGCUGUUUGCCCCGGAGCUUCUGUCAGCGGAGAGUUCACGGGGGAAAUCAAUGUAAACUCGCUCUGCCUUCAAGUUUCUGACGUCAGUGUGACGCAUUCCGAUACCGUGGUUUUCAGCGGAGAUGGAACUCGUACGCUGCUGAGGAAGUGGACGGCACGUGACAUCUGCGGGAACGAGGACACGGACACGCAAUACCUGUUUGUUGUUGAAUCCAGAUCAGUUUCUAUGUCCAGCGUGGCCGAGGAGACCGUGAAGGUGACCUUGGCCGGUGACUGUGGAACCCUGCCAGCGCCCCCUACCGUAACUGCAGCAAAACAAGAUGGUACCUCCUUACAGGUCACAUAUACGGAGAACAAAACCCCCGGCAGGUGCCCCUAUAUCUACAACCUCACUCGCGUCUGGACGGCCUCAGACGAGUGCGGGAAUACCGCCACCAAAACCCAAACACUAGAAGUUGAUUACGCCCAGCUCCCUGUGCUGUCAACCACCCCAUCAGACAUCACGGUGCUUUGUGAUUCCAUCCCUAGCGUUCCGGUCGUGACGGCUUCCGGGGCGUGUGGAAUGACCCCUACCGUCAAGCUAGUGGAGGAAGGCGGUAAGACGUGUCCAUUGCCGUCUUCUUUGACCAGGAGGUGGACUGCCACUGACCAGUGCGGGAAGUCCACGACGCACGCGCAAACCAUCCAGAUCACAAGCGCCGGACCUCCUACGUUCUCGUACGUUCCGGCCAAUGUCCAGACCGAAUGUUCGUCUGCCGCUGACGUCAUCAGCGUUGGUAAGACGGGUGGAAUUGCCACAGCCACUUCCAGAUGUGACCCCACCGUCCAAGUGACUUAUGCAGACACCGUUUUGAGUGACGACCGCUGCAAGAAAACAAUUCGCAGAACUUGGACCGCCACGGACGACUGCCAGACGACGACCACAGCAUCUCAGACGAUAGAUGUCACCAUCAGCUCCGGUCUCUCGCUGACACUGCCCCAGAACACGAAUCUCGUCGUCUGCCAAGGAGAUUCCAUCGCUGCAGCCGAAGUAGGAAGCACGGCAAAGGUGAAAAGUAUCUCCCCAUGCUUGGAGGCAAGCGAAUACGACUUAACAUACGACGACACGAUGUUAAGUGAAGACGCUGUCACCGGCAUGAAGAGAAUCCAACGCACCUGGGUUGCUACGGACGUGUGUGGAAACAAGGCAACUGGGUCCCAACUUCUGACAGUAUCAACGGUCGCCCAGCCCUCCCUGGCACUGGAGCCAGCGUCUCUGGCCAUCAGCUGCUCUAGCCUGGCAGAGGUCAGGAACCUCCCCUUGCCCCAGCUGAGGGUUUCCGGUAGCGGUGCGCAGGUGCAGAAGGUAGAGGAAACGACAAACGUCCAGGGCGCAUGCGCUGGACAGAUCAUCAACAGAACCUUCAAAGUGACCAUGGAUUGUGGAUAUGAUACAACGCUCACGCAGUCGGUCAUAGCUAGCGUGAGAACGGCUUCCGUGGUCACUCAGCCAGUGUAUCUGGAUGCGCAGUUUCGAACUCCGUAUCUGCCGAAUAAUCAACCUUCCGGCAACCCCACAUGGACCGGAACUAACAUCAUAUGGAACCCCGAUCAGUACAGUCCGUACAGAUUUUGGAACUACCAGACCUAUGGGGCCGCGAACACCCCUAACUGGGCCUACCAACACUCUAACAUGGGGACCUUCAUGCGACCAGGAGGGCAACGAUCUCGCUUGGGGGCGAACUCCUGGAACGUCAUGGCGGCCGGAACCAGAAGUCAGGCCGUCUUGGCUGAUGGGGACAGCCCAGCGUUCUGGAACUACCCCGGCACCAACGCUGGAUCGCAGGGAGCUUCGGGCGUUAUGCAGGUAUCUUCAAGCGUGGGACAAGCUUCUGUUGGUGCCCAAGGCAAGGGGAAUUUAAGUGGAAAAGGCCUGACUGCACUUCAGAAAAUGUUUGGACCAAAGGCUAAGAAGGAAAGCACCGGUUCUGGUCCAACAGCCACAGGUCCUUCAUCAACCGGGCCCUUUUAGACAUUUAUUCCGCCUUUUAUACACCGUCAUUACAUUUCAAUUUGAAUAUAUUUUUCCUUUGAAGUAUCGUUACUGUUUGAAGAAGUGAAAAUUAUUAUUAUUAUAUCCAAUACUUUCGAUACACGAAUUAAAUUAUCAUCUAUCAUGUAGUAUUCUGUACUUCUAUAUAUGCAUGUAUUGGAUUACACAACAGAGGCAGUGGAACUUUAACUAGCUUAGAAGAAACUUUUUGAAUUUUGACCUUAUAUGAACUUUCUACAAUCAGCAUGAGCUUUUCUCCGGUAGAGAAGGCGGUCGUUAACAAGAUGAUUCUCAGUAAGAAAAUAGGCUAUGUUAACUUGGUGGAAAAAUAAUUUUUUGUCAAAUUUACGAAAGCAUUGUCACCUAUAUUGCUACUUUAAUCUAAGAUAAAUAUCUGAAUUAAUAACAAUAUGAAA